UCCCCCUCCCUCUCUUCCUGACCGAUUUGUUUUCGUCUCCUUUCCUUUGGCCGGCCUCACGCAAUCCGGCGUCCUUGGCCCAGGCAGGCCCCUCUGCUCCCAAUCAACAAAACAGGCCCCUCCGCCCCGCAUCACGGGAUCUCCACCCGGCAACUUUGGCAGGAUUACCCACUCGGCCCCGCCCACGGCUCCUUUCCGGCCAAUCAGGGCGCGCGCCGGCGGGAGCGGGGCGGGGCAAUCAACUCGGGCCCGGAGAGGUUUAAGAGCGAAGCCCCUGGCCCGAAAGCAGACACAGAAACGAAGCCUUCUAUUUACCCACCAGGUGCAUCCUAAAGGCAGCACCUCGUCUUGGAAGCUAAGCAACGCCGGCUUGGCAGGUUUCACAAUGAAGGUCUAUCUAUGUGCAUUGGCCCUCUUUUUGGAGGCAUGCUUUGCUGCUCCCAGCCUAGAUUCUGCCCUGGAUGAUCACUGGCAGGCAUGGAAGACGUGGCAUAGCAAGAAGUACCACCAGCAAGAGGAAGGCUGGAGGAGGAUGAUCUGGGAGAAGAAUCUGAAGAUGAUUCAGUUGCACAAUCUGGACCACAGCCUGGGCAAGCAUAGCUACAGACUGGGGAUGAAUCACUUUGGAGACAUGACGAAUGAAGAGUUCAGGCAAGUGAUGAAUGGCUAUAAACACUCCAAAACAGAGAAAAAAUAUAGAGGAUCUGAAUUUCUUGAACCAAACUUUUUGGUGGUUCCAAAGUCUGUUGACUGGAGGGAAAAAGGAUACGUUACUCCCAUAAAAGAUCAGGGUCAGUGUGGAUCUUGCUGGGCAUUCAGUACAACUGGAUCCCUUGAAGGACAACACUUCCGCAAAACCGGCAAGCUGGUCUCCUUAAGUGAACAAAACCUUGUGGAUUGCUCUCGGCCUGAAGGAAACCAGGGCUGCAAUGGGGGUCUUAUGGACCAGGCUUUCGAGUAUAUAGCAGACAAUGGUGGCAUUGAUUCUGAGGAGUCCUACCCAUACAUUGCCAAGGAUGAUGAAGAUUGCCUUUACAAGUCUGAAUUCAAUGCUGCUAAUGACACUGGGUUUGUGGAUGUGCCAGAAGGACACGAACGGGCCCUGAUGAAGGCAGUGGCUGCAGUCGGGCCAGUUUCUGUCGCUAUUGACGCAAGUCACUCCACUUUCCAGUUCUAUGAAUCAGGAAUUUACUAUGACCCAGAUUGCAGCAGCGAAGAAUUGGACCACGGUGUUCUUGUUGUUGGUUAUGGCUUUGAGGGAACAGAUGACGAUAACAAGAAGAAGUACUGGAUUGUCAAAAACAGCUGGAGUGAUAAGUGGGGAGACAAAGGUUAUAUCCUCAUGGCUAAAGACAGGAACAACCACUGUGGUAUAGCUACAGCUGCCAGUUAUCCUCUAGUAUAACUCCUCUAAAGAAAUAUAUUGCUGUUACAGCCAUCUUCAACCUGAGAAGAUGAACACUGGAAUAAGCUCUCCAGAUUGUUGGUCUCUAGACACUUUUUGAGGCCACCAAAAGUAUUGCAGCACCAGAAAGGACUUUAAACUGACAUGCACCUGUUUCUUCCAAGAUUUCGAGUUGUGGUUUUUUUAUUUACCUUGAGCCUCUGUGAUGUUUACUUGAUGGCAGUAUGUGCCCUCUUUUUUAAACUUGAUGUAAAUGUUGCUUAUGUACACAAGCUUGUAAUAUUGAUAGCUAGCAUUCUGGCUAAAUCAUAGUUUCUUUUUUUAAUGUUGAUUUUUUUUUUUAAACAAUGGCUUUCAGAAGAAUUAGAGCUUUUCAAAUAAACACUGAACAUUUCAACAUA